UGACGAGAGGUUUGACGCCACCUUCCAUACAAACGUCCUUGUUAAUGCAUCAGGUGCAUGCCAGUACUUACCACCAGGUAUCCUUAAGAGCACAUGUUACAUAGAUGUGCGCUGGUUCCCAUUCGAUAUACAGAAAUGUGACCUGAAAUUUGGUUCUUGGACUCAUAAUGGCUGGUUGCUGGAUCUACAGAUGCAAGCCGUGGACAUCUCGACAUACAUCCCCAAUGGAGAGUGGGAUUUAGUGGCUGUUCCUGGGAAGCGUAAUGAGCUGUAUUAUGAAUGCUGUAAGGAGCCGUACCCUGAUGUGACUUUCACUGUAACAAUGCGUAGAAGAACACUGUACUACGGUCUCAACCUGCUCAUUCCCUGCGUGCUGAUUUCUGGUCUUGCUCUGCUAGUGUUCCUGCUGCCUGCAGAUUCUGGAGAGAAGAUAUCACUGGGGAUCACUGUCCUCUUGUCAUUAACCGUCUUUAUGCUGCUAGUGGCUGAGAUCAUGCCAGCCACCUCUGACUCCGUUCCUCUCAUUGCUCAGUACUUUGCCAGCACUAUGAUGAUUGUGGGCUUGUCAGUUGUUGUGACCGUCCUCGUUCUGCAGUUUCAUCACCAUGAUCCACAAGGAGGCAAGAUGCCAAGAUGGGUGCGGGUGAUCCUGCUGAACUGGUGCGCUUGGUUCUUACGCAUGAAGAAGCCGGGUGAGGACAGGAAAGCCAGCUACAAAUAUGACCCUUCUCCAGUUCACCAUGCCAGCGCAGGCAGCAUUCAAAUGGGAGUGAUGCCAGGUCAGCCACCGUCUACCAACUCCACCAAUGGCCACAUGAAUCUGUACUUCGGAUACCACUCGAUCGACAGCACUUGCUGCCCACCCAGCAGCGACUCAGGUGUGUCCUGCAGCGGAGGGCGAAUGAGUGGAUCGCCCAACGAUGAACAGAGGGAGGCUGUUAGGUUGUUCACAGGCGAGCAGGAGAUCCAUCGCAUCCUGUCUGAAGUGAUGUACAUCGCCCAACGCUUCCGUGACCAGGACGAGGCGGAGGCGAUCUGCAGCGAGUGGAAAUUCGCAGCAGCCGUUGUUGAUCGACUCUGUCUGGUGGCAUUUUCACUUUUCUCCAUUAUCUGCACCUUCACCAUUCUCAUGUCUGCACCUAACUUCAUUGAAGCAGUCUCAAAAGACUUCACAUAAAUUAUUGACAGCAUUGAGUUUUAUUUGUCGUUUUUGUAGACAUGUUAAAGAUGUAAAAACAGCACCACGUGAUUGAGUAUGAAAAGUAUCUACCGCCAAAGUUGAUUUCUUCCUCUUCUCAUCGUUCCGAGAUCAACGUGAAGAAUUAUGAUAAUUGAGAAAAACCUCAACGAAGUUAUGUAUUUUUGAAAUGUGACUUUUCGAACAAACAAACAGACCCUUGGGGGUGGCUGUUUGAGUGAUAUUUUAUGUCUUUAUAUACUGUAUGCGACUGAGCACUCGGGUCGGUGUGUAAAAGUGUGUGCAAGCAUUGCUAGCAUAGUCACAAGUUAGAAAUGUGUCUCCGAGGCUUAUACAAACUACUGUUUUAAUGUCAUGUAAGCAAAUCACACUGUUUUUAUCAUACUUUAGCAUUAAUCAUAUUUUGGAAUUAUCAAUAUUAAUGUUUAGCUAAUAUGGAUUUGUAUCAAAUGUUUCCUUGCCAAAGCAGCAAUAACAUACAUUUAAGGUAGAUAUUAUGGACAUAUCAUAUUGUAAUUUUUCAAUGAAUAUUAAGGUUGUUAGCAGUUUUUUAAUUCUCAAGUAUGUCCCGUUUGUCCACGUAAUCGGAGUGACUUCAUAUUGUGACUUCAUUCUGACCCUGUGCUGUUUUAUGAUGUACAAAUAUUAUGUAAACACUG